GCCCUAUUGCUGUCAACAAUGGUCCGGUCGACGACUUGGUUUGCCAUUUGUAUGAUUGCCUCCAAACGUCUGCACAACACUAUAUUCAUACGGCUAUUGAGGGCACCGAUGGCUGUGUUUGAUAACAAUCCUAUCGGUCGUAUACUAAAUCGAUUUACGAAGGAUCUGGGUAUUAUUGACGAGAUGUUACCAUCCACGUCAUUCGAUUUGAAUCUGGUAAGUAAUACGAAUUAC